AUGCGUGAUGCUACGACGCGUCGUUUCUCCACAUUCCACAUACGACCCUUCCGUCCUUGCCUCGGCAGCAUGGCGAAAGGAUCAAAACCAGGCCCUACAAAGGCCCAGAAGUCUAUAACGUCUUUCUUUGGGGGUGCCAAGGCUCGGGCUGAACCCGAAGACGUCGCCAGUGGCAGCGAGUCGUCCGAUGACGAGGUAGAGGCUCCUUCGGCAGAGACAUCGACAAAAGCAAGCAAACGCGCUGCUCCCGAGUCCUCGGACUUGCCACCUAUUCAUGACAUACCUUCUAUCUUCUCUGAUCUCGUUGAACGCGUCCCUGAGAUCAAGGCGGUGGCUGAACGCUUGCAAGGACGAAAACUACGCGUAGCCACCAUGUGUUCCGGUACGGAGUCUCCACUGCUUGCUCUUGAGCUCAUCCGGAGAUCUAUCGCUGGACACCACGGCGUGAACUUGGAGUUUGAGCACGUCUUCUCCUGCGAGAUUGAGCCGUUCAAGCAGGCGUACAUUGAGAGAAAUUUCAAGCCGCCAUUGCUGUUCCGUGAUGUCUGCGAAUUAGGCGACAGUCAUGCCACAACUGCAUAUGGGUCGCUGGCGCCUGUCCCCGGCGAUGUCGACAUUCUGAUUGCAGGGACUUCUUGUGUUGACUAUUCUAAUCUCAACAAUGAGAAGCAAGGCAUCGAUGCCGAUGGAGAAUCGGGUAGGACUUUUAGAGGAAUGAUGUCCUGGGUCAAAAACCAUCGGCCGCCACUGGUCAUCCUCGAGAAUGUUUGUAGCGCGCCAUGGGAUCGAGUUGUAGAUUAUUUCAAGAAAAACAACUACAGCGCGACACACCUCCGCGUCGACACGAAGAAUUUCUAUAUACCUCACACGCGCACGAGAGUAUACCUUCUUGCUGUCGAUGAAAGGGGUUCCAGCCUACCGAAGGAGUGGGUACAGUGGAUCAACAAGCUCAAGAGACCAGCCUCAUCGACUCUGGACGCAUUCCUUCUUCCCUCGGAUGAUCCGCGCAUCCAUCAAGCGAGGGAGAAACUCGUCUCUGAAAGCUUCAAUGGCGUUGAUCGUCGCACCGGUCGCACGGACUGGAAUCGAUGCGAGUCCCGGCACCAGCGUGCAAGGUUAGAGGAGGAAUUGGGGAACAAACGUCCACUCACGAGUUGGGACGAAGGUGGUUUCUGCAAGUUGCCGGAUUUUGCAUGGAACGAUUGGGGCGUCGGCCAGGUCGAGCGAGUGUGGGACUUAAUGGAUAUCAGUCUCCUACGGUCAGCAAAGAAAGGUGUCGAUCCGUCGUACAAAACGCAAGUUUGGAACCUGUCACAGAAUGUCGACCGCACGAUCGGGUCCAACAAGGUUGGCAUCUGUCCGUGUCUGACCCCAACCAUGAUCCCAUACAUCACGAACCGUGGCGGCCCCAUGGUCGGACUCGAGGCACUGUCAAUGCAAGGUCUCCCUGUAGAUGAGCUGCUCUUGACCCGCGAGACAGAAGAUCAGCUGGCUGACCUUGCCGGCAAUGCCAUGUCGACCACCGUCGUCGGUGCUUGCAUGAUGGCUGCCCUCAUCGUAGGGAGGAAGCUACUUAAGGAUGGUAGCGACGAGCGGACUUACGAAUCGAAGAACGACAUGGAGGUGGACGAUGACGACAAUGCGCCCGACGACGCCAUGGAUAUCGACAAUCUGGAGGAGGGCAGCGUCUCUGUCGAAGAUCGCGUGUCGGGCGAGGACCAGCUCGUCGAGGAACCGCUCGACCUGACGUCGACAGCCCAAGUUGCCCUUACCACCCUCCUCGGUAACGCCGAAAAGAGCGCGCGUCUGUGUGAAUGCGAGGGUCGAAAGAGUAUCACAGAUCGUCAGCUCAACCGAUGCCAGGAUUGUGGUUCAUCCUCUUGCGUCAAAUGCGGUGGUCGCCCGGAGCACAACUUCGAGCCUAUCGACGUCCAGGCUCACCCGCGCCUGUCACCAUCUGCCUUCGCUAAGGAGUUGAAGUCGACGCUACCUAUGUCCCUCCUUCUCGCGAAUGUGACGCAGCAAUCACUCGAUGAUUUGAAAGUGGCGUCUGGGGUCAAUAUUCCUGCCAAGCGCUGGUCCAACUGGUGCGCGGCUGUGCUGCGUGCCGCCCAACAGGAGCUGCGUUUCGUCGAGCCCAAGCGUCAAGAUAUCUGGGCUGCUACAUACGAGUCGCCCGUUGCAUAUCUCGAAUUACAACUGCACCCUCAACAGCCGGAGUGGCGUCUCUUUGCGAAGCCGGAGGACCACGAACCAACGAAUUCUGAGAUCCGGAAGCUACUGGAGAUGCCAAUCGCCCGCUUCGUGUGUCAAGAUGGAUUGUUCACUGGGCGCUGGGAUUUUGCCUUCCCCCACGCCACCUCUGUCCAGAUUUCAAUUACUGGCGACGAGCCUGUGCCCUCCUGGGAACAGAAGAUCGGCCUGCAGGGCAAGGAGUUCCUUGACAAACAGGUCAACUCCAGGUUGAAGAUCCAGGUCUCUGCGGCAGAUCGUGUCCAUUUCGAUCGGGAUAUUUCUGGGGUCUACACGCUGCUGGAUAAAUGCGGCACUGCUAACUCUGCGCUACAUAGGAAAGCGUCCGGUGAGCGGGACGCCCAUUUGCCGCCGCUGUUCCUGUUGCUGGAUCCGACCCGUUGUGGUGAUUCCAACGACGACAGCUUCGUUAUUUCCAUCAGCAAGCGGCGUUACGAGUACGGCGAGACGCGCCCUAUCAUCUGCCAGCUGGAAUCGAAGUGGAGACAGUCUAAUACUAAGGAGACGGAGAGCGUUCGUUGUCACAUUCCAUACCAGUGGAUAGAGGCCACCGAUGCGCGCUUUGUGCCUGCACUUGGCCACGACGCACGCUAUUCCGUUCCAGGCGACCAUCUGAAUGUCAGCGUCUCAACGGUAGCUUGUGGAAGCGCCAACGCGCUCCUCGUCUGCCGAGUGCCUCUUCUUGACCAAGCCGGUCCAGAGUGGCCUCGAGGAACGUGGGAGGAGGUGGACAAAGUUCAUGAGCGAGUUACCUUCAAGGCGUUAGCGUGGCUCAUUGAGCGCAUCCGGAACGUCGGAGAUCACUUCAGCGAUUGGCAGGAGGCCGCAUUGUCUCAAGAUCAUGCCAACUGUGAGCGAUGCGCCCCUACUGCCCCGGCACUGCAAUGGACGAAGGUGAAGAAGCGUGUCGUCGCUAUAGAGGACACUGCGCAGGCCGGUGAAUAUGAACGCAGUCUCAAGCGUCGACCUGCGCCUUUUGUGACGCAGCUCAAGCUCGAGGAAGAUGGUGUUGGUAUUGUUAGAAUUGGUGUCAACAUCGCUUCCUUGACGCACCGUGCCAUGUCUCGACUCCCGACCGUGGGCAGAACGGAGAAGAUCACCGUCUCGUGGCGCCUAACGACAGACUUCACCCCCGCCGCCAAGAUCCAACUCCCGAAAUUCAAGCUGUUGAGUAAUCGGCAUGACGAGGAGCGCAAGCAACCUCCCAGCUUCAAAAUCCCUCUCCGUCCGGAGCAGCUGCGCUCGCUGACCUGGAUGUUGGCGCAAGAGGCGACGGAUGCUACUCCUUUCGUCGAGGAGGAAAUCUCAGAGGCUAUUCUUGAGCCAUUGGGAUGGAGAGCAGAGGCGCGCGCUCAGCGGCCGGUCCACAUCCGAGGAGGGGUUUUGGCUGACGAGGUCGGAUACGGGAAGACUGCGAUCACCCUUGGCCUCAUCGAUUGUACCUCCAAGAGUGUCGACAAGGAGUUCAACAAGAUGAAAGACAUGAAGGGCAAGAUCGCAGUGAAAGCGACACUUGUCGUCGUCCCUCCUCAUCUAACGCGGCAAUGGGCCUCGGAGGUUAAGAAAUUCACUGGAAAGCGUUUCAAGGUUGUCGUGCUAUCGACGGCGUCGAACUUGAACUCCCUCACCGUCGAUGAAGUGCAAGAGGCUGACAUUGUUGUCGUCGCUUCCAACUUGUUUCACAGCAGCGUGUACCUCGCAAAUUUGGAGGCCUUCGCUGGUGCUGGGAGCUUGCCUGUUCAGGAUGGGAGGUACUUCAAUGCCCGACUGGAAACAGUUUUGUCCUCCUUGCGACGCCAAGUCGACCGCCUAAGAGAGGAGGGCGCCACUGCAGUCAUGGACCAAAUCAAAGAGGGUAGAAAGCUUGACGACGAUGAGAGCAACUUCUUUGUUGCGACUAAGCGGCUGAAGGGGAAGAGCUACAGAGAAGCUGCUACUGCUUCGAAGACUGAGCCUAGCAAUGCAUCGUCAAAGUCGAACGGCAGCUCGCCUUCCGUUAGCCCACGGACAGGCAUGAUCGUGGAAGUCGUCAUUCCUGUUUCCAAAAAGUACACCUCGUCCGCAACUUCCAGUGUCGCCUCUACCUCAGCGACCGAAGCUACAGAGGAAGAAGACUCCGAUGCGCCAAAGACUCGCCCACGGCGCAGAAUCCCGAGACGUGCGAUCCAGUUCUCGGACGAGGAAGAGGAACAGGGCUCAGACGGCGACUUCGAGCCGGAUGACGAGGAGCCCAAGCCCAAAAGGCUGGUAAAGAAGGCCAUAUAUGUCAAACGGGGCAAGAAGGCGGCUGUAUCGUCGGACUACGAGGAUGAGUCCGCGGAGGAGACACAGUCUGAGGAAGAGACCGGCAUCGACACGUCCAUGUCGAUGGCGUCUGAAGAUGAGCUACCCAAGAAGCCUGUACCAAAGUCGAAGGCGAAGGCGAAACCGAAAGGCAAGGCUGCGAGCAAGAAGUCCACAAUGACUUCUGACGAUGACCGCAUGGAUAUCGACGAGCCCCCGCCGUCCAAGGGCAAGGGAAAGAAGGUCACCAAAAAGCGGAAAGCCGAGGACGACGACGCACGCCCGGCCAAGAAGAAGAGGAGAGAAGAUACUGACCCCUGGAAGCUUGGCUCGCAUGCUGUCAAGAAGGACUGGACGCAGAUGCAGGCACCGCCGAUGGAGAUGUUCCACUUCGCCCGCAAGGUCGUCGACGAGUACACCUACCUGGAUGGCAAGAUUCACUCGAUGGUGACAAACCUCACGGCGGAGAGACACUGGGUCUUGUCUGGUACCCCGCCCAUUCAUGAUUUCGGCGCGCUCAAGACUAUUUCUGCGUUCCUGAAUUUGCAUCUCGGUGUCGAUGAUGACGGAGAAGGGCAGUCCGUGCAAGUCAAGAAACGCCGUCGAGAACAGACUGGUAUGUGUAUCCCAUUUCUAGUCCGAAGCGUUGCAUUGACAUUCAGUCCAGCCGUCGAGAAGUUCCACUCCUUCCGUGAAGUGCAUAGUCUAGAAUGGCAUGCUCAUCGCCAUGAGAUCGGACAGGCUUUCUUGGAUAGAUUCGUUCGUCAGAACAUCGCCGAGAUCGACGAGAUCCCCUCGAGUCAAGAGCUCAAGCUUGUUAACCUCCCAGCUGCGGAGCGGGCCAUAUAUUUGGAGCUCGAGCAUCACUUGCGAGCCCUGGAUAUGACCGUAAAGCGUGGCAAGAAGAGCGAGAGCGACCGAGAGAAGCGCGUUGCUCAAGCUCUGGGCGAUAGUAGUACUGCUGAAGAGGCUCUUCUCAAGCGUUGCUCUCACUUUGAGCUCGAGACAUCUGACAAGGAGAACGCUAUGAAAGCCUGCGAGGUCAUCGUUGAAGAGCGAACGAAGCAACUCGAGAACUGCAAGACCGAGUUGUUGAAGAAGCUCGGGGAGGCGUUGAAAAUGGAGAAGAAAAUUGGCAGGCUGCCCGAUGAGUCACUCUUCCAGGAGUAUGUCCGCGUUACGCGUAACGAGGGCGUCGGCGACCACGACGCGACGGAGCAGGCGCAGGCACUGCUCGACAAGGCGAACGUUCCUCGGUCGCUCAAGUCAGCCACAAACCAGGCCGAGCGGAACAAGGGCAAGAAGGACGAGCACCUGUCGAACAGCACGAAGGAGCUCAUCUGGGAGCACCGCGAGCAGACGCACGAGAUCCGCCGGCUGACGAAAGAGCUCACAGGGCGCGUACGCUCGCUGCGCUACUUCACCGCCGUGCGCGACCUCCAGCGGCAGGCGGACACGCCGGCUACCGUGUCGUGCCCGAUGUGCGAGCAAGACAGCGUGCCGAUCGAGGAGGUCGCCGUGCUAUCGUCAUGCGGCCACAUGGGCUGCUUGAAGCAUGUCAUGGAGUGUGCCGAACGUGAGGAGUGUGUCUACGCUGCGUCGGGCGCAUGUAACGCAGCAGCGCGUGUGCUCAACGUAGUGAGGGGCAGUACGCUUGGCGUCGACGAUGAGGCACGCGACGGGCACGGCAAGCACUACGGACUCAAGCUCGAGCAGGUCAUCCAUCUCAUCCGCACGAACACUAUCGAUGUCGAGGUCUACGAGCAGAGGACGAGGACCAAGCCUGUUUCCAGCCUUACCACCGACAGCGCUGACCACAAUUCCAUAUCUGGUCUAGCCGUCGCAAAUUUCCUCCUCACGUACAUCCGCAACUGCGGGCUCCACAAAGAAAGACAAGGAUCGCGCCUAGCGAUGCUCGCCAUCCCAACUCCUGAGGAGGAGACGUUCAUAGAAUUUAAUUCCGUAUAUAACUACUGCACCAUGGUUGCGUCCGUCAUUAUAUUUUAUGACUACUUCCUUACUCUGUCACAAGAGAUUGCUUUGGUUUGGAGCAAACAGUUCACCUUUGUAGCCCUCGUCUUCCAUAUCAACCGAUAUACGGCGUUCGUAUGGAGUAUCUUCAACAUACUCGCUGUGUUUCAUUGGCAUAGUUCCGAGAGCUGCAAUGCGGUCAUCAUUGCAGACGACGCUCUAUUCCUGGUGCUCUACACCACCUGGGCUGCAUUCUCGGCCCUGCGUGUGAUGUUUGCUUAUUCUAGACACACUGUCGUCAGCUCCUUCGGGAUCGGCAAUAUAUGCAACACCUCAUAUGAGGUUCCAUUCCCUACUAUCUCAAAGUCUUCAAUACUUCCUGUCUUUGAUAACACUACAUCCAGCUUCACCAUCCCUAUUGGCGCGAUUGUCAUCUCGCGCUGUCUCCUGAACCUCCGCCAGCUGGGGCACGACGAAGACGAAGAGCUCGUCCUAUCUUUGCUGCCUCUGUCUGUCUGGGAGCGACCAGAGGUGCUACCUGAAUCUUUCAUAUAUUCAACCUCGCAGCGGAAUGCAACCAAAUCAAUCGCCAUCGUGGGUGCCGGCAGCGCCGGCCUUGCCGCGCUCAAGGCCAUCCUCGACCUCCCACCAGAGACCCGUGCAGGCUGGGAGGUCGUCCUAUACGAGCGGCGGCGCGCUGUGGGCGGCGUCUGGCUCGGCGACCCGCCGGGGUACGAGCCGCACCCGCCAGAGGUGCCCGAGACCCCACUGUACCCGCUGCUCAAGACGAACACGCCGCACCCGACGAUGACGUACCCGCACUUCCCGUUCGCGGAGGGCACGACGCUCUUCCCGCGCUGGGACGCCGUCGAGCGGUAUCACGCGGACUUUGCGCUGACUGGCGCGGGGAUGAUGUGGCGGGUGCAGGGGCCAGUGCGUACGACAUCGCUAUGCACGUAG